AUGGCCGCGCCGGGGAGCACCGAACGCCCCGCGCCCCGAGGCCCGUCGGCGUAGGGCGGCCGCGGGGCUGUGGCCCCCCAGGAACGCCGGAGGCAGGAUGGACGAACAGAAGGUGCCCAGUGAGGAGAAGGACGCAGCCGCGCCAGCCGAUGGGGUGAUGGCCUCGGAGGAGAUGGGCAGCGCCGAGGGGGACCCUCUGAAACCCCCCGAAGGAGCCUCUGUGGGGCCAGAGCCAGAGAGCACGGGCAUGGAGGGACCUCCUGAGGCUGGCAGCCCAUUGGGCCGACGUUGUGCCCUCUGCAACUGUGGGGACUGGAGCCUACACGGGCAGCGGGAGCUGCAGCGCUUCGAGCCGGUGCCCGACUGGCCCGAGCGGCUGGUGGGCCACGAGCCCCCCGAUGGGCCUGGCCAGCCUCCCCCAGGGCCCAGCCAGCUCCCCCUAGAGCCAGAGCUGCUGGGUGACGGCCUGGCACAGAUUGGCUUCUCCGAGGGGGUGACCCCAGCGCAGCUCUUCGAGCCGACAGGGCACUGCUGGGUGCACCACUGGUGUGCGGCCUGGGCGACUGGUGCAGAGCCGGAGGUGGCCGGCGUGGCCAGAGCUGUUUUCUCAGGGAUCUCACAGAAAUGUGAACGCUGCGGGCGGCUGGGGGCCACCAUCCCUUGCCGGGCGGCCGCCGGCUGCUCCCGCCUCUACCACUUCCCCUGCGCCGCCGCCAGCGGCUGCUUCCAGUCCAUGAAGACCCUGCGGCUGCUCUGCCCCGAGCACGUGGCUGAGGCUGUGGAUAUGGAGGACGCGCGGUGCUCGGUGUGCAAAGGGCCGGGCGACCUGCAGGACCUGGUGUUCUGCACCAGCUGCGGGCAGCACUUCCACGGGACCUGCUUGAACAUCUCCCUGACGCCUCGCAAGCGCUCGGGCUGGCAGUGCCCCGAGUGCAAAGUGUGCCAAACCUGCAGGCAGCGCGGCCAGGACUCUGCCAUGCUGGUGUGUGAGGCGUGUGACAAGGGCUACCACACCUCCUGCAUGGAGCCAGCCACCCAGGGCCUCCCCACCGGCUCCUGGAAGUGCAAGAACUGCUGGGUCUGCUCAGACUGUGGCCGGCACUCCACGGGGCUUGACUCCAGCUGCCAUUGGUCCCCGGGGUCUGCGGUGUGUGGGGACUGCCAGCAGCGCCGUGCCACGGCCGAUGUCCCCACGGAGCCAGAACACUCACCACAGCCUGACCCGCCUGCCCAGAUGUCAGAGUCCCCUGUCCCCAGCGAGCCGACGGAUGUGCCCGUGCCCCCGCCUGAGCUGGAGCCCGUGGGGGGUGACGAGGAGACACAACCCCUCGUGGACCCCAACGAGACACCCCCAGACCCCAAAGAGGCACCCCCAGACCCCAAGGAGACUCCCCCAGGCAGUGCAGUGUCUCCUCCUGGCGAGCUGGCCUCUGUGGAGGUGCCCCCCAGUGAGGGACCCCCCGAAGAAUUGCCCUCUGAUGAGCUCCCCCCUGAUCAGCUGCCCCCCGAAACGCAGCCCUCUGACAUUCAGCCUCCCGAUGUGCAGCCCCCUGAGGAGCCCCUUGCUCUCAUGCUGCCCCCCGAGGAGCCUCCCUCAGAGGAGCUGCCCCUUGAGACACCAUGCCUUGCUGAACAACCCCCUGACAGACCCUCCCCUGAGGAGCUGCCCCUCAGUGAACCACCCCACGAUGAGCUGCCCCUCGAUGUCCCUCCCCUUGCCGAGCUGCCCCCUGAGAAACCACGUUUGAAAAGUCGCCCCCCCCGUGAGCUGCCCCCCGAAGUAUUGCCCAUUGACAAAUCACCCCCUGACGAGCUGCCCCCCGAUGGCUCACCUCCCAAACCUCCCCUCGAUGAGCCACAGCUCAGUGAGCCCUCCCUCGAGGAACUGCCCCUCAACAAGCCACCCCUCGAGGAGCUGCCCCUCGAGGAGCUGCCCCCCGAGGAGCUGCCCCCCAAUGAACCACCCCCCAUCGAGCUGCUCCCCAAGGAACCUCCUCCUGAAGCGCUGUCCCCCGAGAAGCUGAGCCCUGAAGAACCCCCUCUUGUUGAGUUACCCCCUGAGCAACCAGUCCCCAGUGAGCUGCACCCUGAGGAGGACCUGAAACCACCAGGUCUCCUCCCCGAGGUGACAGUGGCAGAGGAAGCGCCAGCCCUGGCUCCAGAGGUGCUCCCCGAGGAGGAGAUGGAGCUGGAGCCAGAGCCCUCGCUGCCCCCUGAGAUGACACCCCCACCCUCAGCUCCCCCAGCUCUCCGUGCCAUCUCACCUGCACGGACCCCAGUCCCCUCCCCUGAUGCCAAGGAGGAUGAAGUGCUCGAGCCCCCCACCCCAGCCCUGCCUGAGCCCCCCAGCAGCCCUGGCACCGCCAUGGACACCGACCCCCCUGGAUCUCCACCGCCACCCCUGGGCUCCCCUGCUGUCACCCUGGCCCCUGCUGAGCCACCUGAGGAUGAGGAGAUGGAGAUGGCCGGUGGCGAGGGGGAGUCCCCAGCCAGCCCCCCUGGAGAUGCCCCCCAGGGCAGCCCAGCCCCUGAGCUGGGGCCCUUCCCAGGCCUGCCUGAGGAGGAGGAAGAGGAGGAAGAAGAAGCACCGAGGCUGGAGAGGGAGGGCACCAGUGGAAGCUCCCCGCCACUCAGUGAGGAGGAUGCACUGGAAGAAACCCGGGCUGGGGGGGACCCUGAAGUCAAGGGAUCCCCUUCGGGGUCACCCCUGCUCCUGGAACCAGAGGAGCUGGGCCCUGAGACCCCCAUGGAGGUGUGCACUACCAGCGAGAAGCACGGGGAUGAGGGGUGCCCUGAGCCCCCCGCGCUGCGCCCACGACCCGACAUCCUCAAUGAGAUCUCCAACCUGAGCCAGGGGGACACGAGCAGCAGCUUCCCUGGCUCAGAACCGCUGCUGGGGUCCCCAGACCCUGAGGGUGGGGGAUCGCUGUCCCCUGAGCUGGGCCCGGCCUCGGCUGAUGCCAGCCUGCAGAAGGAGGACGCUGGGUCGCUGCCGCUGGGUGCUGAGACCGAUGACUCGCUGCUCUUCGAGCCAGCAGCCAAGGGUGACGGGGACAAAAGCCGGCGCCGCAGCUCUCCUGGGCGCUCCCGUGUCAAGCAGGGUCGCAGCAGCAGCUUCCCUGGGCGGAGACGCCCUCGAGGUGGGUCCCACGGGGGCCGAGGCCGGGGCCGUGCACGCCUGAAGUCGACCACCUCGUCUGUUGACACCUUAGCACUCGCUGAUGUGGAGAGCUCGCCCAGCAAGGAGGAGGAUGAGGAUGAUGAUGACACAAUGCAGAACACGGUUGUCCUCUUCUCCAACACUGACAAGUUUGUGCUCAUGCAGGACAUGUGCGUGGUGUGCGGCAGCUUCGGGCGUGGGGCCGAGGGGCAUCUCCUUGCCUGCUCCCAGUGCUCCCAGUGCUACCACCCCUACUGUGUCAACAGCAAGAUCACCAAGGUGAUGCUGCUGAAGGGCUGGCGCUGCGUGGAGUGCAUCGUGUGCGAGGUGUGCGGCAAAGCCUCCGACCCCUCGCGCCUGCUGCUCUGCGACGACUGCGACAUCAGCUACCACACCUACUGCCUGGACCCGCCGCUGCAGACCGUGCCCAAGGGCGGCUGGAAGUGCAAGUGGUGUGUGUGCUGUGUGCAGUGUGGGGCUGCAUCCCCCGGCUUCCACUGCGAGUGGCAGAACAACUACACGCACUGCGCGCCCUGCGCCAGCCUCGUUGUGUGCCCCUUCUGCCGCGAGAAGUACGUGGAGGACGACCUGCUCAUCCAGUGUCGGCACUGCGAUCGGUGGCUGCACGCGGCGUGCGACAGCCUCUUCACUGAGGAGGAGGUGGAGCAGGCUGCGGAUGAAGGCUUCGACUGCAGCGCUUGCCAGCCCUAUGUGGUCAAACCUGUGCCCGCGCCUUCUGCAGAGAUGAUCAAAGCCAAGGAUCCAGAACCCCAGUAUUUCCGCUUCGAGGGCGUGUGGCUGACGGAGACAGGGAUGGCCGUGCUGCGCAACCUGACCCUGUCACCCCUGCACAAGCGGCGGCAGCGCAAGGGGCGCCCGGGCGCCCUCAACGGGGAUGGGGGGCUGGAGGGGAGUGACCCCCUGGGCCCUGAGGACAAGAAGGACGGUGACCUGGACACCGAUGAGCUGCUCAAAGCUGAGGUGGGUGUGGAGCACAUGGAGUGUGAGAUCAAGCUCGAGGCUCCAGCCAGCCCUGACCGCGACGUUGGAGCUGAUGGGGACUCGGGGAAGGGGCUGGAGGACCCUGAGGAGUGCAAGAAGAGGAAGCGCAAACCGUACCGGCCUGGCAUUGGUGGGUUCAUGGUGCGGCAGCGCAAAUCCCACACGCGGCUCAAGAAGGUCUCGGCGGUGCUGCCAGAUGUGGGGCGCGAGGGGCUGAGCAACGAGGGACACCCUGAGGAUGGGGCUCCAGGUGAUGUCCCAGCCGAGGCUGGUCUGGAUCCAGGCUCAGGAGAGGGGGACGAGAAGAAGAAGCGCCGGGGACGGAAGAAGAGCAAGUUGGAGGACAUGUUCCCCCCGUACCUGCAGGAAGCGUUUUUUGGGAAAGCACUGAUGGACCUGAGCCGGAAGGCGCUGCUGGCAGCAGGCGGGGUGGGGGACGGGGCUGCCCGCCCCUCCUUGGGCCAGAGUGCCCCAAGGCCCAAGGGGGACCCCAACCUCGCUGGGGCACUGCAAGGGGGCACCCUGGACAGGAGGGAGACCCCCACCCACCCUCGAGGGGACGACAGCACUGACGGCAGCGCCGCCGCUCCCGAUGAUGAUGGCAAGGACGACGCGAAGGCCGAGGACCUGGGGGCUGACGAGCCGAAGGAUUCCCCAGACCGUGGGGACACCGAAAAACCAGCGACCCCAGGCGAAGGAGCGCUAAGCUCUGACCUCGAUAAGAUCCCCACAGAAGAGCUGCCCAAGAUGGAGAGCAAAGACGUGCAGCAGCUCUUCAAGGAUGUGCUGGGCUCAGCAGAGCGCGGGGAGCAGCCCCUCAACUGCGUGGCCGCGGGGAUGGAGGCCGGGCAGGACCCCAGCCGAGCACAGCGGCCGUUCCUGCAGGGAGACCUCCAGCUCUCGGGGCAGGGGAGCGUUUCUCUGGGCUCACUCUCCGGAUCCGUCUCCUUGGACUCGUACUCGGGUGUCUGCCAGUCCCCAUUCCUUGAUAACAGGGAGCGGAGUGGCUUCUUUAGCCCUGACCACUGCGAGCCUGAGAGCCCGUGGGCCAGCAGCUCGGCCGCCACCACCCCCUCGACCCCCACAACGCCCACGACGGAGGGCGAGGGUGAUGGGCUGUCCUACAACCAGCGCAGUUUGCAGCGCUGGGAGAAGGACGAGGAGCUGGGUGAGCUCUCCACCAUCUCUCCUGUCCUCUACGCCAACAUGAACUUCCCCAACCUCAAGCAGGAUUAUCCAGACUGGUCGAGCCGCUGUAAACAGAUCAUGAAGCUCUGGAGGAAAGUCCCUGCCACGGACAAAGCCCCGUAUUUGCAAAAGGCCAAAGAUAACCGGGCGGCUCAUCGCAUCAACAAGGUGCAGAAGCAGGCCGAGAGCCAGAUCAACAAGCAGACCAAAGGGGAGGGACUGCGCAAGCCUGAGAGGCCCUCGCUGCACCUGCGGAUCCCGGUGCCGUCAGGGGCACAGCCUGUCUACAUCAGCAGCCCCCCCGCCACCGGCGAGGGCUUCCUGAAGCCCCCAGCUGGUGCUGGAGGGGGACCAGAGUCUCCCAGCGAGCUCUUCCUCAAGCUCCCACCCCAAUCCCCUGCCCAAGUGCCUUCGCACGAUCCCUACGGCGCGGCCUCCGCCUACACGCUGGAGCCCCGCUUCCCCUCGCCCCUGGGCCAGAGCCCCACCUCGGGUGCUGCCUUCCAGCCCUUCCCUGGCCAGCCCCAGCCCCUCACAGCCCCCCGUGCUCCCCCUGAUUUCCACCCCACCCCACCUGGCACCCCCCGGCACCAACCUGGCACCCCUGACCCCUUCCUGAAACCCCGGUGCCCUUCCUUGGACAACCUCUCAGUGCCAGGGAGUCCUGGGGCACGGCCCCCUGAGGCCCUGCUCUCUCCCCUGCCUUUUGGGGAGCAGAAGAAGGGUCUGGAGGUGAAGAAGGAGGAUGGGGGAAGCCUGGGGGUCUGCUCACCUGGCUACACUUCUGCCAUGGGCUACGGGGACUCCCCCAGUGGGCCCCACCUCUCGGCUGCGGAGCUGAAGGCGGCCGAUGUCUUCAAAGCCCCCAUGACCCCACGGGUCUCUCAGGUAGAGCCGCAGAGCCCGGGGCUGGGGCACCGGCCCCCCGACCCCCAUCCCCUCGCCCCCUCACCCCCUGGCCACCCUGAUCUCUACCGUCAGUCGCCCUACCUGGACCCCUACUCACAGCCCCCGCUGACGCCCCGGCUGCAGCCCCCUGAGGCCUGCUGUGCCCUCCCGCCCCGUUCCCUGCCCUCUGAACCCUUCUCCCGCAUACCUGCCAGCCCCCAGUCCCAAUCCAGCUCUCAGUCCCCUCUGACCCCCCGCCCUCUCUCCAACGAAGCCUUCUGCCAGUCCCCUGUCACCCCUCGCUUCCAAUCCCCAGAUCCCUACUCCCAGCCGCCCUCCCGGCCACAAUCCCGGGACCCCUUCACCCCCCUGCACAAGCCCCCCCGUCCACAGAUGCCGGAGCCGGGGUUCAAGUCAGUGGGUGCGGCUGGCGGAGGUUUUGGGGGCACCCCGGCAGGUGACCCCCACGCCAAGGCAGCAGCCGGGCCACAGCCACCCUUUGCCCGCUCGCCUGGUGCCAGCGUGUUCCCAGGGAGCCAGCCCCCCAUGCGCUUCACCUUCCCCCCGGCCGUCUCGGAGCCACUCAAGGGCUCCCCGUCCCACCAGCCCCAUGGGAUCAACAGCCAUUACGGCUCUGGGAAACCCCAGAGCUCGGCCUACGCCUCGUCCCCCAGCUUCCACCAGGCCAGCAGCCCGCUGGGCCCUGGCACUGCUGCCCACGACUCCUACAGCCUCUCGCCCCUGCGGCCCCCAUCGGUGCUGCCACCACAGCCCCCGGCCCCCCCACAGCAGCAGGACCCUUCUGGAGCCUUCCUGCCCCGCACUGCGCUGGGACUGACAGCUGACAAGAGGGAGGAGGUGGCUGCAGGGCUCUCGGCACCCCCAAACCGGGACCUGGCAGAGCUGCCUGGGGGCCAGGAUGCAGCUCUGGGUGCCAUGAGCCAGUCAGAGCUGGAGAAGCAGCGGCAGCGCCAGCGGCUCCGGGAGCUGCUCAUCCGCCAGCAGAUCCAGCGGAACAGCCUUCGUCAGGAGAAGGAGAGCGCGGCUGCUGCUGCCUCCUCCCCAGCUGGCUGGGCCCCUGAGGCUGGCGGGCAGAGCUUCGAGCUGAGCCGGGGCAUGGCCCCGUACCAACCAGCACAGGACAAGGCUCUCCUCGGGACUCUGGCCACGGCAGCGGGUGCUGGGAAGCUGCCUGGCUCCGUCAUGGUGCAGGCAGCGUUUGCACAGGACGAGCGGCUCUCCCGGCCCCCGCCGGCGGCCACGCCAGCCAUGCUGGACAUCAGCGGGCGGGCGGCGGUGGGGCCACCCCAGGCCUUCUACCCCCGUGGGGUCUUCCCAUCACCAUCCCCACAGCAGCAGCAGCAGCAGCAGCACCUCUGGCAGCAGCAGCAGCAGCAGCAAGCGGCCGUGGCGGCCCUGCGGCUCCCUGUCACCUCCCGCUUCGCCCCCCCGGCCACUGGGACCCCCAUGGGCAGCCUGGGCACCCGCCUGCCCACCCCUGCCGAGGCUGUGCCCCCCUCACCAGCUGCCCUGGGCGCUCCCUUCAUCGAGCUGCGACACAACGUGCAGAAGGGACCUGGGGGUGUCGUGGGCUCUCCCUUUGCCCCCCAGGCACCCCGGCCUCGCUUCUUCCUGCCCGGGGAGGAAGGCACCCCCCAGGCCCUGUGCACCCCCAUCAUGCCCAUGCAGGCAUUGCCAUCCCAGAAGGUUCCAGCACCGCUGCCACCUGCAUCCCCGCAGGGAGCCGAGAUGGGCAACAGCCACCAGCAGCCCCAUGCCAAGGCAGCCCCACCGCUGCCAGCCCCCACCCUGGAGCUGCAGCAGCACAUCCCCCCACGCCCACUGUCCUCUGGUACCACUCUCCGCCCUGAGGGUCCCAAGGACGGCGCUGCUCCAGACCCUGCGCCGGCCCCAGGGAAGAGCCACCUGAGCCUGGAGGGAGGGCGGCUGCCCUGCGAGGUGCCCGUGGAGCCCGAUUUGGAUGAUGACUUUGGCUCCCACAAGGACUUGGAAGACGAUGAUGAUCUGGCCAACCUUAGCCUAGAUCCAGAUGUGGCCAAAGGGGACGAUGACUUGGACAAUUUGGACAGCCUGGAGACAGCAGACCCCCACCUUGAUGACCUGCUGAAUGGUGAUGAGUUCGACCUGCUGGCCUACACUGACCCCGAGCUGGACACGGGUGACAAGAAGGACAUCUUCAACGAGCACCUGCGCCUGGUCGAGUCAGCCAACGAGAAGGCUGAGCGUGAGGCCCAGCUCAAAACAGAACCACCAGCACCCACCUUGAAGCUCCCUGACCCUGGGGACAGCAAAGAUGUGACCCCAUCUGUGGAGGAUCAGGAGGUGCCCAAGGAAGGACUGGUGUCUGGGAUGGGCUUGGGGCUCUCUGCCUGCCCCACGGGCACUGUGCUGGCCCCUGACCCGGCUUUCAAGGCACAGGGUGCAGAGGCAAAGGCUGGCUCCCUGCCCACUGAUGUCAAGCCCAAGCUGGAGGAUGGCUGCCUGAAGACCUCGCCCUGCCAGUUCACCACCGCUGGUCCUGAGCGUCUCCCGGUGCCGGUCAAGUCAGAAGCACUGCAGAGCACAGAUAAAAUCUCUGCCUCCCUGGGCCUGAGUGUCAAACCUGGCCAAACCCUCCUGAGCUCCAGCACUGGCCCCACUCGCCUCAGCCUGACUCAGUUCUCCAACAGUGGCCACACUGGCGUCCCCAUGCUGGAGAAGGACCCCUACACCGGCACUGGCCGUGGGCUGGCAACUGCACAGCUGGGUGGCCAGAGCAACCCCUUGCUGGAGAAGUUUGAGCUGGACAGUGGAGCCUUGGGGCUGGGCAGUGCCCGGCACUCACCAGCAGAUGACUUGGACAAGAUGGAGAGCUCGUUGGUGGCCAGCGAGCUGCCUCUGCUCAUCGAGGACCUCCUGGAGCACGAGAAGAAGGAGCUGCAGAAGAAGCAGCAGAUGUCAGCCCACUUACCCCGUGGCACUCCCCACCUCCCAGCCCCAGGGCACCCCAUGCUGCACACAGGGGCAUCUGGGCAGCCUCCUGAGGGGCAGCCACCCCGUCUGGGCACCCCACAGACAUCCCUCCAGCUGGGGCUGGUGGCCCGGCCACCGCUGCUGCCACCACAGCCCCCCCGGCUCAAUGCACCCCAGCAGGGCCCAGCUCUGGCCCCCCACAUGGGCAUGGGCUCUGGGCAGCCCCAUGUGCUGUCAUCCCCCCAUGGGGUGCAGGUGGCCCUGGGGCAGCCACAGCAGAGCCAGCAGCAGGUGCUGGUGCAGAAGCCAAUGGCCGGGGUACAGCCCCCCACGCUGGGUCUGAAGCCCCCCCAGCUCGUCAUGCAACAGCAGCUGGCCAACAACUUCUUCCCAGACACAGACCUUGACAAGUUUGCGGCCGAGGACAUCAUGGACCCCAUUGCCAAGGCCAAGAUGGUGGCGCUGAAAGGCAUCAAGAAGGUGAUGGCUCAGGGCAGCAUCGGGGUGGCCCCAGGCAUGAACAGGCAACAGGUUUCCCUGCUGGCCCAGCGGCUCUCAGGGGGCCCGGCUGUCUCUGAGAUGCAGAACCACUUACUGGCAGGGAGCGGGCAGGAGCGGAGCGGUACAGACCCGACCCAGGCUCGCCCCAACCCACCCACCUUUGCACAGGGCGUCAUCAACGAGGCUGACCAGCGGCAGUACGAGGAGUGGCUGUUCCACACGCAGCAGCUGCUGCAGAUGCAGCUGAAGGUGCUGGAGGAGCAGAUUGGGGCGCACCGCAAGUCCCGCAAGGCGCUGUGUGCCAAGCAGCGCACGGCCAAGAAAGCCGGGCGGGAGUUCCCCGAGGCUGAUGCUGAGAAGCUGAAGCUGGUCACGGAGCAGCAGAGCAAGAUCCAGAAGCAGCUGGACCAGGUGCGGAAGCAGCAGAAGGAGCACACCAACCUCAUGGCUGAGUACCGCAACAAGCAGCAGCAGCACCAGCACCAGGCCUCGGCCGUGAUGGCCCUGAGCCCCUCGCAGAGCCCCCGCCUCAUGUCCAAGCUCCCAGGACAGCUCCUGUCAGCACACGGCGUGCAGCAGCCCGGGGGAGCCCUGGUGGGAGCACAGGGCCUCGGGCAGCAGCCAGGGCAGCCUGGGGGGCUGCGCCUGCCCCAGGGCGGUGUGUCCAUGGCCGUGCAGCAGGGCCUGUCCUUCAUGGGGCAGCAGCCUGUGGGAAAUGCCCCAGGACCUGGCUCCUCUGGCGCCUUCUUCAGUGGGAACCCUGCGCUGCGUGGGCUGACCGCUGACAGCCGCUUGAUGCAGGAGAGGCAGCUCCAGAGGAUGCAGCUGGCACAGAAACUGCAGCAGCAGAACAUGCUGGGACAGGUGUCACUGCAGCAGCAGCCGGGUGUGAUGGGACAGACAUCAAUGCAACAGCCAGGUGUGAUGGGACAGGUGUCGCUGCAGCAGCCGGGUGUGAUGGGACAGGCGGCCAUGCAGCAACAGGGCGUGAUGGGACAAACAUCAAUGCAGCAACCGGGUGUGAUGGGACAGGCAGCCAUGCAGCAAUCAGGUGUGAUGGGACAGGCAUCCAUGCAGCAAUCAGGUGUGAUGGGACAGACGUCACUGCAGCAAUCAGGUGUCAUGGCACAAGCAUCGAUGCAGCAACAGGGCGUGAUGAGUCAAACCUCCAUGCAGCAGCCAGGUGCGAUGGCACAGGCAUCGCUGCAGCAGCCAGGUGUGAUGGCACAGGCAUCGCUGCAGCAGCCAGGUGUGAUGGGACAGACAUCGAUGCAGCAACAGGGUGUGAUGGGUCAGGCAUCCAUGCAACAGCCGGGUGUGAUGGGACAGAGCUCGAUGCAGCCACAGAGCAUCAUGGCACAGACGUCCAUGCAGCAGCAAGGUGUGAUGGGACAAGCUUCAAUGCAACAGGCAGGUGUGCUGGCCCAGACAUCGUUGCAGCAGCCAGGCAUAAUGGGCCAGGCAUCCAUGCAGCAGCCAGGUGUGCUGGGCCAGGCCCCAGUGCAGUCGACAGCCGUGCCAGGGCAGCCUGGCCUGCUGGGGCAGCAGCAGCCCCCAGCCCCACAGCCCAGCACAGGGGCUCAGCCCAUGGUGCCAAAGCAGCCGGGGCUGCUGGGCAGCCAGCAGAGCCUCCUAGUGCAGCAGCUCUCGCCCCAGCAGCAGCCAGGCGUGCUGGGCCACACACCAGGGCUGCAGCACCAGCCUGUGCUGGGCCACCCCCAACCCCAGCGCCAGGUCGUCCUGGCCCCCCACCAGCAGCGGGUGCUGGGCUCGCCCCAGCUGACACCACAGACACCAGGGAUGCUGAGCCACCGGCUCGUGCUAUCCCAGCAGCUGGGGCAGUCUCGGGCUCUGUUGGCCCCACAGCAGCAGCAGCAGCAGCAGCAGAACUCAGCGGCUGCCCAGCCAGGUCUCCUGGGGCUGGGCCAGGGGCAGCCCUCGAUCCAGCACUUUCCGCAGCACGGGGCGGGGGGCCAGGCCCCUUCUGUGCUGCACCUGAGUCAGGGAAUGCAGUCGGCCCCAGCAGUCCUGGCUGCCAAGGACCAGCCCACAGGGAUGGAGGGCAGCACCCUGCACGCUGAGGGUGGCGAGAGCGGGGGGCAGCUGCACGGGGAGCAGCAGGGAGCCCUCAACCCCCCGGGACUGGGGGGCCCAGAGCCCCUGGCCCCCAAGCACCAGGCUGAGCUGGGGCAGAGCCAGCAGCUCCUCUUGACCUCCCCACAGCCCGCUGUCCUGCGGGCAGCCCCUGGGCAGGCAGGUGCCCUACUUGCCCCGCCGUUGCAGAGCCCUGGGACUGUCCACCCCGAGCUGUCCCAGCAGCAUGGGGACACGGCCGGGGUAACAGAGCAACCACUGGGCUGUGGGACAGGCCCAGCACAGGCCAUGGUGCCAGCACCACGGCCCCCAGAGCAGCCAGGCAAGGGGGUGGCAGGGGCCCUGCCAGGGCAGCCACAGCCCCUGCGGCUCCAGAGCCCCGUUCAGCACAAAGUUGGGCCGGCGUCAGGCACGGCCACGCUCCCGCCGAGUCUCCUGGGGCAGGUGCCAGGGCCGGUGAUGGGACAGAUCCGGGCACAGCUCCAGGGUGUCCUGGCCAAGAACCCACAGCUGCGGCAUCUGACGCCACAGCAGCAGCAGCAGCUCCAGGCCCUCCUGGUGCAGCGGCACCAGCAGAGCCUGCUGCAGCAGAACCAGGCACUACGGACCCCUGGCCCCUUCCCCGGGCAGGCCCCAGACUACAGCUUGCCCGCCACCCGCCAGCCCCCUCGUCCCAUGGGGUCCCUUUUCCAGCCCCGGCCAGGUGUCCCGGCAGAGGCACAGACCAGCUCUGCCACCGAGCCGGGGCGGGUGCUGCCAGGGCAGCCCCCCCAGCAGCCCCUGGCUGAGCUGGUUCAGGCAGCUCUGGCUGCCCGUGGUCCCCAGCCCAGUCUCAUCCGCCUCCCUACACCACCAGCCCCUUCACCCCUUGGCUGUGCCCCCCAGCACCUUGCCAGCCCUGAGCAGAGCCCCAAGAGGCCGUGUGAUGGCACUCGGCGCUGCGGGAAACGGCGUGGGGGCUGCGCCUCUCCCGAGAGGAUGAGGAUGGAGAGCAUGGAGAGGACGGAGCUGAGCGACGGCUGCGGAAUUUGGGGGACUCCCAGCGCUGUGCUGGCAGUCUGA